GUCCCCGCCGUGCCGCCGCCGCCGUCUCGUGCUGCGCGCGGCGCCGCCGCGGCCCCGGCGCGGGAUGGCCGAGCGCGUGCCGCCCUUCCCCGCAGACGGAGGCAGAGCCCUCCUGAUGCCCCCCGAGCCCAGCCCCGAGCCCGGAUUCCUCCUCCAGGACCCCAAAACCGGCACCCGACUGGAGGAGGACGCCUUCUACGGCACCGAGGAGGAGCCGGCGGCCGCGGGGCCCCAGCCCGGGGAGGAACCCUCGGAUUUCUUCUCCUCCUCCUCCUCCUCCUCCUCCUCGCUGGCCCGGCACGAGCCCGACGUGGCCAUGGAAGCGCACGACGAGGCCGAUGAGCCCGACCCCGCCCUCUCCGGAGCCGUCCCGGCCGCCGCUCACCGGACACAGCUCGGCCCGGUUCCCGAGGAGCAGCCGGCGUUCCCGCGGGCGCUGUUCCGGCCGCUGCCCGCGGCCGCGUCCUGGGGCGCGCGCCCGGCCCGAGGCACCGACCAAAGCACUUUAGAGCCGCGGCCCCGGCCCCGGCUACUCGCCGGGCAGCGCCGGCCACCGGCCCGAGACACCGGACAGCGGCCACUGGGUUGGGCCGCCAGACGGCCACCGACUCGGGCCACCGGACAGCGGCCACUGGGCCGAGCCGCUGGACUGGGCCGAGCCACCGGACGGCCACCGCGCCGAGCCACCGGACGGCCACCAGGCCGAGCCGCCGGAAUGGCCACCGGGCCGAGCCGCCGGACGGUCGCUGGGCCGAGGCAGCGGACGAUGGCCACCGGGCCGAGCCGCCAGACGGUCGCUGGGCCGAGGGCGCCGGACGAUGGCCACCGGGCCGAGGCGCCGCCGUCCCCGGAGGAGAAGCACCCGCAGAAGGAACCAAAGCACCCGGAAGGGCUCGGGGGCGUCCAGCGGCUGGAGUGGAUCUCCAGGAGCCCCAGCCCGUCCUUCCAGGCGCCGGACGCGCCCGGCUCGGCCUCGGGCCGGGAAGCGGCGCCGGCGUCGCGCAGAGCCAAAGCCAAAACCGCGGAGAGCGGCCGGCGCAAGGCCGAGCCGGCCGCCGCGGCCGAGUGGACGCUGCCCAAGCUGGACGUGGUGGUGGCCAAGCAGUCGUGGACGGUGAACGCCGAGGACUCGGUGGAGCGGCUGCUGCCGGAGGCGGGCGCGGAGGCGCGGCCGUACGUGUGCGGGGUGCUGCUGGAGGAGCCGCCCAAGGACGAGGAGCUGGAGCAGGAGGAGAGCCCGCCGAGCGUCUUCACCUGCAUCGAGUGCAGCAUCUACUUCCGCCGCAAGGAGCACCUGCUGGAGCACAUGCUGCAGCACACCCGCAGCGCCGACGCGCCCGCCUGCCGCUUCUGCUGCGGCGAGUGCGGCUGGGCCUUCGCCGAGCCCGCGGCGCUGGAGCGGCACAGGAGGCUCCACCAGGAGUCCCGCGAGAAGAUCAUCGAGGAGAUCCAGAAGCUGAACGAGUUCCCGGACGAGGGGCGCGAGGCGCGGCUGCAGUGCCCCAAAUGCGUUUUCGGCACCAACUCCUCCAAGAUCUUCGUGCAGCACGCCAAGAUGCACGUCAAGGAGAGGAAGGAGAGCGCCUCGAGGAGCUCCAACCUCUUCGGGGACGGCGCCGGGCACGGCCUCUACAAACCCUUCCAAGCCGAGGAGCUGCCGGCGGCGCCGUCCGGCAAAGCGCCGAGCGCCUGCGUCCUCUGCGGCUUCCCGGCGCCCACCGAGCACAUCCUCAAGGAGCACCUGAGAUACGCCCACUCCCACUUCCCCUGGCAGCCCGAGGGCUUCGAGGAGGACCCCAACCAGCCCGGCACCUCCCGCGGCUCCUACAGCCCCACCCGGCCGGGCCGCUUCGCCGACGCCGAGGCUUUCGGCAAAACCGAGAGGAGCUUCUCGGAGCGGCUCCUGCCGGGAGCUUCUUCCAUCUACGACCCCACCCCGGCCACCUUUGGUCACCCCAGGUUGGACAAGAGCCACCAAGGAGCCACCAAGAAGGAGCUUCACGGGUUCCAGCACGCCAGGAAGGCGGCGCCGUACUCCCACCAGAGUCUGGCCUCGGCCGGGUUCUCCUCGCCCAAAGGCUUCUCGCACUCGGCGCUGCAGCAGCUGAGGAAGAGAGCGGCCACCCCGCAGCUGGAGGGGGACGGGGACAACCCCCGCGGCCACCACCCGGCGCUGGAGGAGCUGCGGCACAGGUGGGCGGGUGGAGGAGGCGGAGCCGGGGGACGCAGGGCCGCCGGCGGCGCCGUCACCGUGCCCCGGGCCGCGCUGGAGCUCAAGAGGACCUUCAGGGCCACCCUGAGGGCCACGGACCCGGCGGUGGCCUCGGAGGAGCAGCGGCAGCAGCUGAGGAUGACGGUGCCCGUGGUGGUGCUGGAGGAGAUGAGCGCCCACCCCAGGGCGACCAAGAGGCCGCGGGGGAAGCCCCUCAAGAAGAAGCUUCUCCCACCACGGGGCGAGUUCCUGCUGGAGGAGCCUCCCCUCCCCUUGGACGUUCUGCUGCUGGACGCGCCCCUGGAGGGUCCCCUGGAGCUGGAGGAGCUGCUGGACUCGGAGGCCACCAUGCUGAAGAACGAGGAGAGGAAAUGUCCCUACUGCCCCGACCGCUUCCACAACGGCAUCGGCCUGGCCAACCACGUGCGCGGCCACCUCAACCGCGUCGGCGUCAGCUACAACGUGCGGCACUUCAUCUCCGCCGAGGAGGUCAAGGCCAUCGAGCAGAAGUUCUCCUUCCAGAAGAAGAAGAAAAAAGGUAUGGCCAACUUUGACCCGGGCACGUUCAGCCUGAUGGGGUGUGAGUUCUGCGGGGCGGGGUUCGACACGAGGGCGGGGCUCUCGAGCCACGCCCGCGCCCACCUGCGCGACUUCGGCAUCACCAACUGGGAGCUCACCGUGUCCCCCAUCCACAUCCUCAAGGAGCUCCUGGCCACCGCCCCCGAGCCACCCGGCGCUGCUGCGCGCCAUGGGGCCCCUCGCCGGGACGGGACCUGCACCGCGACCUGCACCGCGACCUGCACCAGGGCCUGCACCAGGGCCUGCACCAGGGCCUGCACCAGGGGCUCCACAGGGGAUCUGCCCAAAUCGGCGCCGUUCCCGCUGCCCUGGGGGGACGAGGUCCUGCAGCCCUACAGGGAUGUUCUGGCUCCUGACGAGGACGAGUUGGUGGCCAUGGAAGUGACGUCCCCUCCCCCCAUCCCCAAAAAAUCCUCGAGCUCGGCGCUGGAGCCGCCCCCGCCCCGCCUCGGGACCAAGCUCAGCCCGGAGCCCCCCGGCAGCAAAGCCGAGCCCCAGGACGCCAAAGCCUCCAGCCUGACCACCUGCGAGGUGUGCGGCGCCUGCUUCGAGACCCGCAAGGGGCUCUCCAGCCACGCCCGCUCCCACCUGCGCCAGCUGGGCGUGGCCGAGUCCGAGAGCUCGGGCGCCCCCAUCGAUCUCCUCUACGAGCUCGUGCGCCACAAGCCCAAGGCCGAGGGCCCCGCGCUGGCCAAGAAAUCGGCGGGCGGCUCCCCGAAGGAGCCGGCGGCGCCGCGGCCGCCGCUGCUGCUGCUGCCCAAGCCCGAGGGCUCCCUCAACAAGGCCAUCAAAUCCCCGCCGGGCUUCGCCAAGGCCCUGGGCCGGCCGGGCUCGCCCGCGCUCCGGAAAGUUCCGGCGCCGCUGCCGGGCUCGCCCAAGGGCGGCGAGGAGAAGGGGGCGAAGCUGGCGCUGAGCCCAAUGCCCGCCGAGGGCAAGUGGGCGCCCGACGAGGACGGGCCCCUCAACCUCACCUCAGGCUCCGAGCCCUGCCGCGACAUCCGCUGCGAGUUCUGCGGGGAAUUCUUUGAGAACCGCAAGGGGCUCUCGAGCCACGCUCGCUCGCACCUGCGCCAGAUGGGGGUGACCGAGUGGUACGUGAACGGCUCCCCCAUCGACACGCUGCGGGAAAUCCUCACCCGCCGCCGCUCGGGCCACCCCAAGCCGCUGGCCAAGAGCCUGCUGGGCGGGCUGGCCCCUCUGGAGCCGCCUCGGGCCCCACCCGAGCUCCACCUGCCCCCGGCGCUGGGCAAGAAAGUCCCGGCUCCGCUGAGCCCUCCGGGCCCGGCCCCCGGCGCCGCCUCCUCCCCGCCACCACCGGCGCCGCCCACGGCCAGGAAAAUGUUCCCGGGGCUCUCGGCGCCCUCCCUGCAGAAGAAACUGAAGCAGGACCAGCUCAGGGUGGAGAUCAAGCGGGAGCUGAUGGCUGGAGCAGGAGGAGGAGGAGGAGGAGGAGCCGGGAUCCAUCCCGGGGAGGCGCCGGCGCCGCCGGACCCGGCCUGGGCAGCGCACGAGGAGAUGGCGCCGCUCAACCUCUCCUCCCGGGCGGACCCGGUGCGCGACAUCCGCUGCGAGUUCUGCGGGGAAUUCUUUGAGAACCGCAAGGGGCUCUCGAGCCACGCUCGCUCCCACCUGCGCCAGAUGGGGGUGACCGAGUGGUCGGUGAACGGCUCCCCCAUCGACACGCUGCGGGAGAUCCUCAGGAAGAAAUCCAAGCCCUGCCUCAUCAAGAAGGAGCCGCCGCUGCCGCCGGGGCUGGAGCCGGGCCCGGGGCUGUGCGAGGAGGAGCCCAAAGCGCCCCCGGGGCCGGCUCCGGGCAAGGCGCUGCCCCCGGGGCUGGCCCUGGGCAAGCCGGGCUCGGGGCUGGCCCUGGCACCGCUGGGCUCCAAGAACGCCCCAGGGGCCUUCCUGGCUGCCAAGAGACCCCUGGGAGACACAGAGAGGCUGGGAGGGCACGGAGAGGCCAAGCACAAAGGCUUCGAGCUGGGCUUCAAGGCCAAGGCCCUGCACGACAAGGCCUGUGACACAUCAGCAGAGGCCUGCUGCGAGCUGUGUGGGCUGUACUUUGAGAACAGGAAGGCCCUGGCCAGCCACGCCCGGGCGCACCUGCGGCAGUUCGGCGUCACCGAGUGGUGCGUGAACGGCUCCCCCAUCGAGACCCUGCGCGAGUGGAUCCGGCACCGGCCCCACAAGGCCGGCGCCUACCGCAGCUACAUCCAGGGCGGGCGCCCCUUCUCCAAGAAGUUCCGGAGCUCGGCGCACCCCCGGGAGCCCCGCGGGGCCCUGGCCGUGCCCUUCCUGCCCAAGGGGGGCCUGGCGGCCGAGGCGGCGCUGGGCGAGUGCGGGAAGGGCCCCGAGGGAGCCGAGCGGGCGCUGGGGACGCCCCUGGGAGUGGUCAAGGUGGAGGAGCAGAGGGGCAACUUCAGCAAGUUCGAGCGGCGCCAGGCGCGGGCCCUGGAGGCGCCGCUGCCGCGCGAGGCCGAGCCCGGCGCCGCCGAGUUCCCGCGGAAGCUCCCGGAGCCGCGGCCGCCGCCGCGCGUGCGCCCGGUGCCCGCCCUGGUGCCGCGCCCGCCCCAGACCUCGCUGGUCAAGUUCGUGGGCAACAUCUACACCCUCAAGUGCAGGUUCUGUGAGGUGCAGUUCCAGGGCCCUCUGUCCAUCCAGGAGGAGUGGGUGCGGCACCUCCAGCGCCACAUCCUGGACAUGAAUUUUUCCAAGGCGGAUCCGCUCCGGAGCGAGGCCCCCCCGGAACCCCCGGCCCUGCCCGAAGCUCCCUGAAAAAAACAAAAAAAAAUUUAUAUUUUUUGGGGCUUUUUUUGGGUUUUUUUGGGGUUUUUUUUUGCGUUUUUUUGGGAUUUUUUGGGAUUUUUUUCCCCCAAAAUCCUGGGAAUUAAACCAAAAAAAAAAAACCCCAAAAAAAACCCCACAGACACACAAAAAAAAAUUCAAAAUAAAAAUCCCACCCACCAAUAAUAAAAGAACCCAAACCCCCCCCAAAAUUCCAGUGGGGUCUCCUAGAGAGGGGAGGGGAGGGGGUUCUGCCCCCAGUUUUUGGGGGGAUUUUUGGGGUUUUUGGGAUUUUUCGGGCUGGCACAGCCGCAAGCACUACACAGAGCAUUCCCACUGCCGGGAAUUCCCUUGGGAAUGUUGGGAAUUCCCUUGGGAAUGUCGGGAAUUCCGCCCUCCCUUCCCGGGAAAUGAACAAAAAAAUAAAAAAUUUAAAAAAAUUCCCCCCCCCACCUUUUUUUAAUCCCAAAGAACCGGGCAGGGAAUUCCCAGAAUUCCCAGAAUUCCCAGAAUUCCCAGAAUGGAUUCCCGGGAAGGGGGAAACGCUGUGGAUUUUGUACAUUUGGACCCUUGGCUGAGUUGUAAAUUCCUGAUUUUUUUAUUUUGUUUUUUUUUCCCCCUUUUUUUGUUUUUAUUUUUAGUGGCCCCGUAGAUGUCGGAAUUCCCUCAGUUCCGGGGUUGCAUGGUCCCAAAAUUCCCAAUUUUUUUUUUUCCCCAAGGAAAUCCCGUGGGAUUUUUUUCCCCCAUUUCCCGUGGGAUUUCCCCAAAAUUCCGGGGAGGAUUCGGCUCCGUUUUUUCCCCAAAAAUUCCCUUUUUUUUUUUUUUUUCCUUGAUUUUAUUCCCCUUUUUUUCCCCUCCCUCAUCCCGACUUUUUUAAACUCUAUAGAUUUGUGUAGAAAGCGAAGGAAAAAAGGAAAAAAUUCCGUUUUUAUUUGGGAAUCCCGAAACGUCCGGAUUUCGGAAGGAAUUUUAAUGGACAAUUUUCAAUGUUUUGGUGUUUUAUUUUUCCUGGUUUUGUGGUUUUUAUUUUUUGGUUUUUAUUUUUUCUUUUUUUUUUGUUUUUUUUAAUUUUAUUUCCACGUUUUUCGGGACGUUUCGGGCGUUUCCUGUACCCGGGGCUGGGGGACGAUGGAUUAAAAACUCUGGAGAUGAAA